UGUAAAUUUUAGUGAAAGAUGUAGAAUUGAUGCAAAAUUAUAUCAUGAUGAAUUAUUAGAAAUGGAACCUUGGGCUUUACGCAUGUUUGAUGCAUCAUCCAAACCAAAUUCUGGUUAUCUAAGUGGUAACAUAGUAGAUUUGGGUGCAUUUGAUCAAUGUUUGGCAAUUGAAGAAUCGUUUGGUGAUCGGAAAAUAUAUGGAAAAUAUUGUUUAAUUUUAAUACAAAUUGAACUUGAUGCAAUUAAAGAUUUGAUUAAAACACUAAUUUCUCAAAAGGAAGUUACCGAUAGUUUUGUGUGGCAUUUAUAUGAACAGGUAAGAAAUUAUAAGGAAACUGAUUUACUCGCUACACAAAUGGGAGCUUUAACAUUCUCAUUGUGUGUUCCAAAUGGAUGUACACAUGAAGAUCUAAAAAAAUAUGUGGAACCUAUGGUUAUAUCACCAUUUCAAGCAGUUGUUUUUGAAAAAGCUUGUACUUCGAAAGAUAAUAUGUUCACACCAACAAUAUGGACUUGGAUUUCCGUGAUUUUGAUAGUUAUAUACUUUACGCUUCUUGUAAUGAUAUCAAUUUACGAUUUAGCCACAACAAAUCAGCCUGAAAAUCAAAUGUUUUUACCAAAAACAAUACAUUCGAUUUUAUUAUGCUUCUCGCUGGUAUCAAAUUUCAAACGACUAUUAAGCACACAUGUUUCAAAUGAUACAGUCAAAUGUAUUAAUGGUAUUCGGUCAUUAUCAAUGAUUUGGAUUAUUUUAGCACAUCGUGCUAUAUGGGAUUACCUUUCAAUAUCGGCGAAUAGUUUUGAACAUUGGAAUUUUGGAACAAAUAUCUUUUUUCAAAUACCAUUGAGUGCUCGUGUAGCUGUUGAUACUUUUUUUACAUUAAGUGGAACUCUUCUAAUGAUGGGAUUUCUAAAGCAUCGAAGUUUAAAUAAAAGCUUUAAUAUUCCGUUAAUGUAUUUUUUACGCUACUUAAGAUUGACCCCACCUGUAGCAAUAUUGAUCAUCAUAGACAUUUUUAUCGUGAAGUAUUUAAGUUCGGGUCCAAUUUGGAAUUAUUAUUUUCAGACUGAUAAUUGUAUCCAAAAUUGGUGGCAUCCAAUUCUUCAUAUUGGCAAUAUGAAACAUGUUUUUCAACAAUGUUUUAUACAUACGUGGUAUUUGGCAGUAGAUUAUCAAUUAUUUUUAGUUUCACCUUUAAUUUUAAUACCAGUGUGGAAAUGUAAAAAGUAUGCAUUGUAUUUUAUCGGUAUUUUAACAAUUAUUUGCAUUGUUAUACAUUUUGAGAGAGCAUGGACACUAAAAAUGUUUAUUCAAAGAGAACCAGAUGACUUUUUACAAACCACAUACUACCGAGCGGGAAGUUGGAUAAUCGGUCUUGGUUUAGGCUAUAUUCUUUUCGAGUAUAAAUAUAAAAAAAUUUAUCUGAAACCAAUUAUAACUUGGACUUUUUGGAUAUUAACAGCAAUAUGUAUUUUAACAAUUGUUUUUAUUGGAUAUGUAAUUAAUCAGCGUGAUUAUGAAUACAAUCGAAUAUUACAUGCAAGUUAUAUUGCAUUGCAUAGAAUUGUUUGGUCCUUAAUAGUAUCUUGGAUAGUUUUUGCCUGUGAAAAAGGAUAUGGAAGAUAUAUUAAUAAUAUUUUAUCUUAUAAAAUGUUUGUAGUUUUAUCAAAAUUAUCAUUCAUUUUGUACCUUUUGCAUCCCUUAGUUCAAGGUUUAUAUUCUGUGACUUAUCCAAUGGUAGAACAUGCAACCAUUCCAAGAAUCUUUUAUAAAUCUGCUGGUGAUUUUUUAAUAACAUUGGUAUUAUCAAUUCCGUUGUCGCUGGCAUUUGAAUCUCCGUUUAUACAAAUAAUAUCUUUAGUUACCAAAGACAGUUAA